AUUGGCGUGUAACAAAUGAAUGAAUUAAAUACCAUGUUCGAUUUGAUUUUAGUUAUUAUCAUAAACAAUACUCGAACGGGAACUGUUCCAGCAGAUAUAAACGAAUUACCUUUUGAUUAAUAUAUAUCGCUGCAAGACGCAAAAGUAUGACGGAUAAAACACUACCCGGUCAGGCUUUGGAAACUCGUGACAGUGAAAAUAUGGGCGAUGCUGGUAAAUUUGAGGAUCAUAAAAUCGAGUGUACAGAAAUCAACAAGAGGUCUAUUGGUAAAGCUAUAAUACAAUAUUGCGGACACGAAGGGACGGAGAACGACCAAAAUACACAAUAUCUCAGAAGACUUCUGCAAGCCGUUAUAUCGCACAUAGGAAAAGAACAUCCUGAUACAUGGAAAGAUGCUGAAAUAAGAAUUUAUGAUGAAAACUUUGAAAUAUAUAGCAUAAAAGCUGGUCAUGGUAAACAUAUGUUCAUGGUGUCCCUUGAUGAAAAUGAUGAGCCGAAAGUUAUCAAGACAAAACCAUCAAAAGUGCACUCAAAGACUGAACAUCAAACAUGUAUACUUGCGUAAUCCUGAACUCAAACAAGGCUAAGGAUACUAUUUGACUCAAAGUAUGUAGAUCAAUAUGGCAAAAUCAAUAUUAAUUGAAUUGUGAUAAUAAUUAUGGUCUUUGAUAUCGAUGAUUUGCAAGCAUUUAAUAGUAUCAUACCCAUUUAAAGAAAUAAAAUGUAUCUGUAUUAAAUCAGCAUUUAGCAUUUGUGAAAACUUGAAUAUCACAAAUAUUUUAAGCCUGUGUUUAUAGUGUGUAAAGUAUA